AUGGAGAAGAAGGUGGUGGUGGCUGUUGUAUGUGUGGCUGCGGUGGCAGGGGCUGUGGCGGCGGCGGCAGUGAUGAAGAGGAAAAUGAAGAGGGACAAGAGGUGGGCUAAGGCAAUGGAGAUAGUCAAGGAAAUGGAGGAGAAAUGUGGGACUCCGAUCGGGAAAUUGAAGCAGGUGGCUGAUGCCAUGGUUGUUGAGAUGCAUGCUGGCCUUGCCUCUGAAGGUGGCAGCAAGCUUAAGAUGCUUAUCAGCUAUGUCGAUAAUUUGCCUACUGGGAUUGUUUUAUGCGUUGGAUCUUGGUGGAACAAACUUUCGUGUAUUGAGGGUGCAGUUGGGGGGAAGGAUGUUGGUCUUGUUAAUCAAGAAUUCACUGAGGUGUCAAUUCCACCAAAUUUGAUGAUUGGGACUUCAGAUGCACUUUUUGACUAUAUUGCAGCAGAACUUGCAAAAUUUGUUGCUCAAGAAGGUCAAGAAUUUGAACUUCCUCCUGGUAAACACAGAGAGUUAGGUUUCACAUUCUCAUUCCCUGUCAUGCAAACAUCCAUUGCUUCUGGGACCCUUGUUAGGUGGACAAAAGGCUUCUCUAUAGAUGACGCAGUUGGCGAAGAUGUGGUGGCAGAAUUGACUAGAGCCAUGAAAAGACAAGGCCUCGAUAUGCGUGUGUCAGCACUGGUCAAUGAUACGGUUGGAACACUAGCCGGAGGUAAAUAUUCCAACAAGGAUGUUGCUGCUGCUGUGAUUUUAGGUACUGGAUCUAAUGCUGCGUAUGUGGAAAGUGCACCAGCAAUACCAAAAUGGCAUGGCGAUCUGCCAAAAUCUGGCGAGAUGGUUAUAAACAUGGAGUGGGGCAACUUUAAGUCAUCUCAUCUUCCCCUAACUGAGUAUGAUCAUGCAAUGGACGAUGAGAGUUUAAAUCCCGGUGAGCAGAUUUUUGAGAAGUUAAUCUCUGGUAUGUACUUGGGUGAAAUAGUACGUAGAGUUCUACUAAAGAUGGCUGAAGAAGCUGCUUUCUUUGGUGACAUUGUUCCUCCAAAACUCAAAACUCCCUUCAUACUGAGGACACCUGACAUGUCGGCAAUGCAUCAUGAUGCAUCCUCUGAUCUUAUAUUGGUUGAGAAAAAAUUGAAGGAUGUCCUGGAGAUAUCCAAUACCUCCCUUCAAACCAGAAAGGUCGUGGUUGAGCUUUGCAACAUUGUUGCAACACGUGGGUCCCGUCUUGCAGCUGCUGGGAUCUUGGGUAUCCUGAAGAAAAUAGGAAGAGACAUUGUCAAAGAUGGGGAUGAACAGAGAACGGUGAUAGCCAUGGAUGGUGGAUUAUACGAACACUACAGCGAAUACAGCAAGUGCUUGGAGAAUACCCUCAAUGAAUUGCUUGGAGAAGAAGUGUCGAAAACCAUCAUGAUUGAGCACGCAAAUGAUGGCUCAGGCAUUGGAGCUGCCCUCCUUGCUGCUUCACAUUCAUUGUAUCUUUAA